UUUACCUCAUGAAGGGUUGUGGCUCAGAGGUUGCAAUUUGUGUCGCCUUGAGCAUGCUAUUGUCAGUCUCCUUGAUUUUGCCGCUUCCCAUCGUAAACUAACCUUUGAGGGAAUAGCAUCUUCCCCGGCGUCUGGUAUGCCGUCCACAUGGCCGUACAUCGUCCCAAGAACAUCCAGAGCAAAGUGAUUCUCGACAACUCCGGCACAGCAUCCAAUGUUCAGACAACCCCUCGAAGAACCAGCACCCUGCCUCCAGUCGUCCAAACCAUCCAAGCUCAACCCGCCGUCGUACCUACAGAGCAAGUGGUCGUUGUCACCAAGGGACCCGAGCCAGCAUCAGCCACUUCAUCCCCUACCGCACCAAUCACCCCUCUGCAUUGAGCAUUGAGCAUUGAGCAUUGGACCCGAGCUUGAGAGAUGAAAAGACGAUUGAUGAUAGCACGGCCUAGCAAGAGAUA